AUGUUUUCUUUUAGUCCUGGCAGACUGCCAUCAUUAAGACCAGCUAGAGACUUGACUCUUGGUGCUGCAAGUGGUAUAACCCCAGCAAAGGUAUUUAAUACAACUACAGAUAAAGUUCCUUGCUCAAGUGUAUCACAAGAGUCCUUUAGUUAAAAUGAUCAUGAUGUGGAAUCCUCAAGUGAAUAUAAAAUAAUUAUAUAUCCUAUGACUGCUUGAACAGUUUUCAUCAGCCUCCUUCAAUUAAUUCUAUUGUUAUUAAAGAAAUAAUUUCUUAAUUUUCCUCUUUCCUCAGUGUGCAAAGAAAGUAGUGUCCGAUAGCCUGGCGCUAGUGGAUUUUGUAAUCGGGCUAGUAAAUUCUGUUUUUGACUUGCCCGAUAGGCAAGUGAUGUUUUUUGAGGAAUUCGAAUAACAGAACAACUUUGAGAUCAAUUAUUCUGCUAGUCAAAAAGCUUUUGGGGCUAGUUGAAAUGACAUCUGGGCUAGUAAAUGCUAGCUUCAGCUUGCCCUAAUGGCAAGCUGUAAAAAUGAUUUUCUUUGCACCCUGUUCCUCUUAGGAAUUUUAGCCCUUGAAAAAUACAAAAAAGAAUGCGAUAUUGUUUAAAUUAUUCUGGUACAAGAUUUUUGUCCACUGAGAAUUAAAAUUACUCAAUUUCCUAUUAGAUUCCAUCUUAAGUUUCAUUAAGUGAACCAGAUGGCUAGUUGAAAAUGUUAUCAAGUGAAAUUGAAUCUAAUGAGGUGCAAAACUAAUACAGCAGGGGUUGAACUUGUCCAGACUGGUCGGCCACAUUGCCUCUCUCAGCCUAAUAAUUUCCCUUUCUGUGUCAAAACAUAGUAUUCCAUGUUUAAAAGUGAAAACAUGUGUAAUUUGUUGAUUUCAUUUGUUUUUUUUGUUUCUACAGAGAACAUUCACUCCUAAUAUCCCAACAAGGAGAAUAAAACAAGAGUAAGCCAGUCACAGUUAACAUAAUUAUAUAAAAGCUGUUUUUUUAAUUUCAGUCUAGUAAUUGCUUUAUUCCUGGUUGUUCAAACGCUGGAUAGAUCACUAUUCAGUGGAUAAGUAUUAGCAAAACCAAUUAAUACAGGUUAACAACGAGGUCUGUGAUAACAAUAUUAAGCGGGUGUCCAUAAAGUGCAGUUCAACUGUCUUGAAAUCUGAGUUUACUCAAUCCAGGGUAAGGAAUGUUAUAAUGCAACAUGUGUUAAAUUUUUCAUAAAUUUGCUUUUGUUUUGUCUUUUUUUAGGUCAAGAGAUGAACCUAACCUUACCCCAGAAGUAAGUUUUUUGUUCUUAGUAGUUUCUGCUGCCACUAAUUUUUCAAUUUGCCAAGAGAUCUUUUUCUGACCGUUAUAUUUCUCAUCAGAGAUCUGGAGGACAAAGGCAGCAGAGAGGUGAAGGUAGAGGCAGAGGGCGUGGUGAGGGCCGAGGAAGAGGAAGGGGAGAGAGGAACAAGCCAACCAUUGUCCAGUCCUCGUCAAUCUUUUCUAUGGGAGUGGGUCCUGUGGAAAAGCAGAGAGUUGGUAAGAGAAUUUAACUGAGUGUUUUCCAAGUAAACAAAGAGGUUUUUGGUUGUAACAGAUGCCAACAACCAAACUAUACACACUUCCUGGUGCUGUUUUAGUUGUAUCUGCCAAGUAAGUUUUGCAUUAAGCAGGUCACCUGACUGCGAGCUGAAAAGGGCCUGUCACUAGAUAGGCCAUGGCCCUUAAUGAUAGGCCCAUUGAAAAGCCAUAUGGAACAUACUUCUUAACACACAUUUGCUUUAUGUCCAACACCCAGGAUCAUCCAUUCCAAGUUAUGGUUCAUCUUCAGGAGGCGGGGGAAGUGUGUCCAGUUUCACAGUUAAAAAAGAAAGGUAUCGCAAUAAUUUUGUUAAUUAAUACUGUGUCUAAAUAAGGUUAACCAACAUUAUUAUUCAUUCAAAAUAUUUCCCCAAUUCUGAUUGGCUAAAAGCACACGCAUAAUUCACCAUAACCAGUUACUGAUGACCAAAUUUGGAAGAAUUUUGUGUUUAAUGAGGAAAUGACGACAAAAAUGCAGCCUUCUACAGGUUAAUGCACCGUUAACCGAGAAGACCUGGGGAUGAGAUUGAGUUGUUUUCGUUGUAAAAACAAAAAUGGCAGACACUUCAGUCGUUUCAAGAGUAAGAACUACAGCUGGAACUAGGUGAAAUGAUGGCUAAAAACAUAGCAAAAACAGCAAGAAGACAACUCGGAGGGCGACAUCUGCUAUCUGGAGAAUAUUUGCGGAGCUGGACAAACCUAAAUGUAAACUAUCAAAGAUAAGCUAUUUUUUUAAACUAGGAAUUAUUUUGAAUGAGUAAUAAAACAAUUAUUGAAUUCGGCUUUCGUAUCAUAUGAAGAAUUAUGGAGAUCUUGGAGGGUGUUAUGGCCGAGACAGAUAACACCCUCCUUGAUCUCCAUAAUUCUUCAUAAGAUACUCAGCCUCAUUCAUUAAUUGUUAAAUAACAAUAAAUAUUGCAUGCAUGUACAACACUGACUUGUAUACACCUGUACCUUAUAUAUUACGUUGGCUGGAGCUGUCCUCCAUUUGAAACUAGUGAGUUGAGAAUGAGACUCAUUUUCUACUAGAGUGCAAUUUAUAUAGCAAUUUAAAAAAGCAUUUAUUUCGAGAUAUAGAAGACAAGUACUCCAGCUUCGCAGACCUGAACAAUUUCGGAAAAAUUUAUAUUUCUUUGUAAAAAACUCGCUCAUUAUGUUUACCAAUCAUUUCUCUUUAGAAACACAAUUAAAUAUUAAAAGGUAAAAGCAUGUGAAAUAUAGAGAUUACUGUAAACUACAAUUAAUUCACUUUUUUCUAUUUAAUAUGUUAGUUUAGUUUUUAUUAUAUUUUAUUCUUUUUAUUAUUAUUAUUCUUUGUAUUUUUAUUAUUAUUAUUAUUAUUGCAAUAAAGCUAUUAUUAUUUUAUUGAUUAAUUGUAAUAAUUAUGUUAUAAUUAUUAUUAUCAUAAUAAUAAUUAUGAUAAUUAUGUUAUCACUGAGAUAUUAGCCCAGUAAUGCUCUGAUGACUCCAUACAAAUCCUUCUAAAUUUGGCUUGGGUCUAAACAUUUAGACCCAAGCCAAAUUGAGAAGAAUUUGUAGGGCUAUUAUCUCAGAGGCAAUUUGCCCGACAAUGCUAGUUUAUUGGAAGUACACCUCUUGGAUGUUUUUCUUUCAGAAUAUCCUGACAAAUCCCGUAAUUUCACAAAUUUAAUUUUUUAUGACGUCACCCUUUAGAUAUCUAUUGUCAUACAGUGGGUAUGUUCUGAAUUAUUCUAUUUUCAGUGCUGAUGGGGAUAAUGAUGAGGAAUCUAAAAGAGUUCUUAAAAUGCUUCAAACAAGUGUAAGAUAUUCCAGCUGUUACUACUUUGACUACUUAUGCUACAUUAUUACUGCUUGAAAAGACUAAAAUGACAGUAACGUUAUAGGUCAUUUUCGAGUUGCCUCAAAUGUCUGUUUCAAAGUGGAAAACCAUUGAUAUAAAAAUGUUUUUCUAUUCUCAUGCAAACUAUUUUCAUAAGAAAGGUUUUGAAAUUGGCCUCAAUUUGAAAAUGAGAGUUUUUGGAAUUCAUAAAUCGUCUGUUGAAUAUUGUACACCAUCCAGUCCAAAAGAGCUGACCAAAACAUAUAACAAAGAGAUCUGACAGGCGUCGUAACCAUUCCACUUUAUUAACUUAGCUCUUACUCUUGGUUCAAACAUUAACAACCAACAGCAUUACCGGCAUGUUUUAUGUGCUAAAUGACUUUAAAAUUACCAAAGAUGCAAACAAUAUGUUAAGCACUGAAAUUAAAUAAAAUUUUAAUAGGCUAAUAAACAAUUUGUGUACAUACAGUACGAUCUCUACAUUGCUGAUCUAGCAGUAUGCAGGACGCAUGUCAAAUAUGAACCUAGUAUAUGGCCUCACUCUCCAUGAGUUCUCCAUAGCUCAGUGAAUAGAGUGGCACCUGUCCGGUGUUUGGGAAGUCAUAGGUUCGAAUCCUGUUGGGGACUCAGAUUUUUUCUUUGUCCCACACUCGUGACAUGCUGUUUUUUUCAUCUUCACAAUUUUUGUGUUAUUUUGAUGGUUUUUCAGGAUAGCUUACUCUGUGAUGAUUCCAAUGCUUCUCACAUUCGAGACUAACAGUCUUUAUGAUUUUUAUUCUUCUCAUAACAGGGUGAUAUUGAAGAUGAUGACAUGGAAAAUGAGACUGGGAUAAUGCCAGUUCAAUUACCUUUCUCUCAUAUACGAGAUUUUCGAUUCCUUUUCGUUCGACUUAGACGGAGUUGCCUUCGACUAUAUUUUCCAAACACAUAGUAUAGGACGAGAAUCCCCCUAUAAGUCUAUUUAAAGGAGUUCUACCCUUACUCCGGUUUAAUUUAUACCCUCUAACACACUCCAUCGCCUCAGACCUUGGUCAGAAGAAAGUCGUCUUAACUAUAGAUCAACUGCUUUCAAGACAAGUCUGUGAACCAUUUGGUCGUGGUUGGUUUCUUUUUUUUGACCUAAAAAUGAGAACUUUAUCUUUGCUUUCUGUUCUUCCUUUGUACCAAGGUCUAACCCAAAAAAAGUCCUUGGACCACAAAUUUCAUGGUUUUUAAACCUGAUUUUUUUUGUUACCCUGAUAGUGAAAAGUGAACCCAUGGACAUUGACCUGGUGGAUGCUGAACAAGUGAAGUCAGCGGAAACUAUCAAGAAACCAAUAAAACAAGAAGCUGUGAAAAAAGAAUUAAUUGAUAAAAAGACGCUUUCCAAUCUUCUUUCCGCGCAGUCACUGGUAUGUAUGAGUGAUCACGAAAAUAUCAGACUAAUGCAUAUUCUUGGUUAUGUUGCUUCUAGUAAAAUGUUUCCUUUAUACUUUUACAACUUACGAAAAGUUGUACAUUGUUGUUACUUAAGUUUUGUGGGCAUUCAAUCUCGCAAACAAACGUGUUUUAAAAGGGAUUAAUUUCGGAAAAGUCUUCCUAAUGAGGACAGACAGGUCUUCUCAAGAUCUUUGUUAGCGAUGCAACACAGUCUUUAACCUGCUUUUUACUAGCGAAGCAUCGCAAGAGCAGACUAUGAGAGUGUAGUGUCAAAGAAGACGAGAGCGGUAGCCGACCCAUGUAUACACAAGCAAAAAAGCCAUCGUUUUUUACAGCCGAAUGGAGAACUUGGCUAGCAAAGAAGUAAAUUCUCUGUUUUUGUUUCUCGAACGCAGCUUCGAAGCACAUUUAAAUGUAAGCUCAGAUUUUUCCUUUGUUUAUAACCUGUUCCGUUUAGACAAUUUGUAUGGGGCAAGCCGUCACUUUUGUAAAACACUAGUUUCGGCUGCUAGUUGUAAACAACUGUAGAACGCACUCCCUAGGCUAGAAUUAAGGAUUUAUUGGCGAGGCAUUAUAAAUCAUCUUGUGCUAAUGCUUCGUUCCGUUUUCACACGGCAUAACCUAAACGCAUGCACAUGCGCAAGCACUAGAAAAGGGUUAAUUGGUUCUGGUGCUUUCAAUCAGGUCUUUUACCUGGUGACAUGAAGCGUUCUAAUGCUUUAAAUUCAUUUUGGAAGCAGGGAACAACGUUACAAAAAAUAAGGACCGGAUCCUAAUAAAGGAUUUAAUCAGCUAUAAGUUUGAAAAGAAACAAGAGAGACAAGGGUGAUUUUACGGUCGGGAAUUAUUUUUUGUUACCAAUAUUUCGGAAGGCACGGCCCUACUUCUUCAGGGUCUUACAUACAAUGCUAAGGUUAAGCUAAGACGUUAGAAUUUGAAAAUCAGCCUUGCUUCUUUUGUUCUAAUGCUUGCUUCGAUUGGGUUGGUUAAAGAGCUUGUCUUACUCGCAUGGAUGGUAAAAAGUUGGAAACCUUAAUCAGUAAGCGUCAUGUUGCUCAACAGCCAAACAACAUUACAAACUGACAUAAUCACCAGGCACCUACAAGAACAAAAGUAAAGCAAUGCCAGUGAGCAUGUCUUUUAUCCCGCUUUUUGUAGACAGGAGAGCAGUUAUUAUUCUUCCAGUUUCCUGAUGUGCUGCCUAUUAAGACAGAUGAGUCCCCCAUGCCUGUAGAUACAGAUGCAUCCGCUGAACAGACGGCUUCUGAGGAAAAGGUUUGAGGACUGACUGCAUAAGUAACUUAGGCUACCUUCAAACGGCACCGCCGGACCAAUUUUCGACCUAGCCCGGGUGGCAGGUGUUUGAAAUGAAAGGGGAAGGGGAAACAAAAAAUUGACUUGACACCUUGUUCACAUAGAACUGACGAACCUGGUUAAAUUUUGAAUUUUAUCAGAGGUUUUACCAUCUGCCCAUGCGUAGAAUUAAGAAAAACCCAAAAUGGCGUCUCCCCGCUGAGUUACCACGCAUCCAUGCAACCACGCCUUUUCUGUACCCUAGCCUGUUCGAGGCGGUCAGAUCGUGGGGGCAGAGCAAAGAGAUGUGAGCAGAAAAAAGAAAAAACAGCGAAGGGGUGGGGUAGGGGGUGAGAGCGACGUUUCCUUCCUUUUUCCCUCUCCUCUCUUCCUCCUUAUUUUUCUCCCGCUCUCUUACCUCGUGCCGCACUUCACUAUCGGAACUCCUGGAACAGGCUACCCAUUCGCUGAGUGGGUAAGAUCUCAGUACAAUCCACUCCAGUUACGCGCUCAUAUACCACACGUUCACUUAUCAUUAACAAUUAUUCCUCGAGCCUGAAUGGGCUCUGAGUCAAUAGCCCAUGGGGCCGAAGGCCGAAUGGGCUAUUGACUCAGGCCAUCAGGGCGAGAGGAAUAAUUGUUUUAGUAAAAUCCAACUACUUGGUCAAAAAUAUCGAGAAUAAAAAAAAUUUAGCUACUUUUUGCUGCAGAAAAGCUUUUGCUUUUCGCUACUAGUAGGCUAUAACAUAUAGCCCAGUAGUAGCUCAACCAAUCAGAACGCAGCAUUGAUAAUAGACCACUAGUUGGAUUUUACUAAUUCGUUUUAUCCCCGUAUCCUCUCAUUCAAAGAGUAUGUUAUGGCGACAAUAUGAUUUUAGGAUGGUGCGGAUGAAACCAGUCGAUGGGUACAGUCAAAUGAACCUCCUCAUUUGUAUUACACCAACCGCAUUUUUUUAGUAUUUUUAUAAGUUACAAAUCAAAACUUGUGGAUUAUUUUGGGGGAAUCACGGAGGUAAAAGGAUCAAUAUAUCAAACUUUUAAUAUCUUCGAAUUUUUUUCCUAUUCCGACCAAUAAGUUUCAUUACUUGUGAAACACUGAUCUGGAAGCUUAGUUUAAUAUUUCCUUACUUUUCCCAGCUUAACGCAUUGUCUCUCUGUAAAUUUCCUCUAUUAGCCUAAAGAACAAAAAAAGCUGUCGCUCAAAGAUGCUUCCGAAGGAUAUAUAGGAAAACUUCANAAUAAAAAAAAUUUAGCUACUUUUUGCUGCAGAAAAGCUUUUGCUUUUCGCUACUAGUAGGCUAUAACAUAUAGCCCAGUAGUAGCUCAACCAAUCAGAACGCAGCAUUGAUAAUAGACCACUAGUUGGAUUUUACUAAUUCGUUUUAUCCCCGUAUCCUCUCAUUCAAAGAGUAUGUUAUGGCGACAAUAUGAUUUUAGGAUGGUGCGGAUGAAACCAGUCGAUGGGUACAGUCAAAUGAACCUCCUCAUUUGUAUUACACCAACCGCAUUUUUUUAGUAUUUUUAUAAGUUACAAAUCAAAACUUGUGGAUUAUUUUGGGGGAAUCACGGAGGUAAAAGGAUCAAUAUAUCAAACUUUUAAUAUCUUCGAAUUUUUUUCCUAUUCCGACCAAUAAGUUUCAUUACUUGUGAAACACUGAUCUGGAAGCUUAGUUUAAUAUUUCCUUACUUUUCCCAGCUUAACGCAUUGUCUCUCUGUAAAUUUCCUCUAUUAGCCUAAAGAACAAAAAAAGCUGUCGCUCAAAGAUGCUUCCGAAGGAUAUAUAGGAAAACUUCAAUUGCUCAGGUCUGGUAAAGCAAGGUAUGCAACUAUUGUAACAGUUUUCCAGUUUCUCUUUGAGCCCCUGCUACAACCAGUUGCAAAAAUAUUUAGACAUGCACUCCGACGAAGAACCGACCUUUCUUACCUCAGAUCGCUGCUAGUCGCGCGUCUAUGAGAUAUAAAACUCAGCUCCCUCCUCUCCUCCACAGGUAGCUUAAGUAGGGACCUUAAGAUCCGAGGACGGCGACGGCAGAAAAAACUUCGCUGAAAAAGUGAAUUCGCGUUCUUUCAAUCUGCAUCGCGAUUACUCCAAGUCACUAACUUUGUCAAAUGUAGGCGAACCCUCCUAAAGUUGAAUUCCUAAGAGCCAUAUCCAAGUUCAGAAAGAGAGAGGAAAUUUCGACGUCGCUUGUGUACUUCCUCUGUACAUCGUGAAAUUAGGCAUUUUCACGUCGUAGUCGUGCAUUGACGGCAAAGAAAUGUACAGAAAAGCGUGAUGCACGUGCAAAAUUGUUGUUUUGCUAAUUAAACCUAUUGCUUUUGUGAUGUCCCGUUGCCGUCGCCGUCGUCGGAUCUUAAGGUCCCCUCGACGACAGCGACGGCAGCGAAAACCGGCGUCACUUUUAAAAUGAAUUCGUAUUUUUUCAAACUUUGCGGCGUUUAUUCCAAUUCACUGCAAAUGUGAAAUUUAGGCGAAUUUCCCGGGGAGUUGAUUUCUUGGGGACCGGACUCAAGUUUAGAAAGCGAAAGAAAAAAACGUCGUCGCUUGUUUACGUUCCCCAUAAUACGUGAAUUAGGCAUUUUCACGUCGUAGUCUCGGCGAGCAGUGACGGCAAAGAAAUGUACAAAAACGCGUGAUGCACGGCAAAGUUGUUGUUUUGCUAAUCAAACUCAUUACUUUUUUGCCGUUCUCGUUGUCGUCGCCGUCGUCGCUGCUUAAGUUCCCUAAUUACCUUAUAAGAUGCGCGACGAUUCCCGAACCUUUGGUUCGUUUUGCAAUUUGUAAAUCCUGUAUGUAAGGGUAUGUUUUGCGUAAAUAAAGAAAAGCAUUUUUCUUUGCUACCCUGAUUGUGCAGACGAUUUGCUAUUACAGAUUAUUACUGGGCGAUGUAUCGUUAGAUGUCACCACGGGAACACCAUGCGGAUUUUUACAGGUAACUUAGAUCGGAUCAACCCUUGAGGAUUCUGGGUAACGGACCACCUACUCCUCCCCUAAGACAAGGGAAUUGAUCCUUAGAUUAUUCUCAGUGAUUUUGGCACCUUUGCGUCCUGCGUUCCUGACGCAUAAAAAUCCCCAAAGACGCAAAAUAAUUCAUGAAAUGCGUCUUGUGGGACCGGGCGCAAAGAACGAUCGAUCGAUUUGAAGAUUUUUUGGUAGAAUAUUCUGUUCGUGUGUUUUAUGUGGCUGUUGUUUAAAGAUGCAUAUUUAUUUUAGUAUUCUUUGUGCUACAUUUCAAUUUCGGUAAACUGUAAUAAAGAGUUUUGGCGUCCGUCUACAUAAAGGCCCAAGCAUUUUCAAUUUAGGACUCCUUGUUUUUUUGAACUGCGACUCAUUUGUUAUGGACAUACUCAUGAUAUUUCACAAGAUGAGUCCCAAGACCUACCUUAACUAUUUGUAACAAAAUCACUGCAAUCUACAGUUUAAAAAGUAACGUCUACUGUAAACAGUUCUGCGCAAACAGAAAGAGGGGGAUCGUGUUCACGGUGGAAGUUGAACAGCCUCCUAUUUUACUUGUUUCUAGUUUGCUUAUAAAACCAAAUCCGUUUUUGUGGGUGACUUCUUAGACGCGGUACCACAGGGUUUUUCAAAAUUUAACUCAAGCGGAAGAAAAAUAGAGCCUGUUUUAGGAUAUUUUAAAAACUAACCACAUUCUACAGUCACUGAAAGCUAGAAAUCGUAAAUAAUUUCAUUUUCGGGCCUGUGAAGUUAGGGAAUUUUAGUGUAGGGUUUCUGAAGUUGUGUAAAAUUAUGUGCACAUUACAGAUUCACUAAGAACUGCAUAUUUGCUACUCUCAUCUUCAAUAGACAUAACGUCAAAAUGCCAAAACUCAGGCGGAACGGCGAGUGGUUUCACUGCAUGCAAACUUUCGAACAAUUUGACGUCAUUUCUAUGGUCAAGAGGAUUAUAGACCAUGGAAAAUGGUGGUCGAUUUGUUUUUUACAAUAACAUUGACACUUUUUGACGUCCAUUUCCGUUGAAGUUUCUCGGAAAAUCGAACGCGAUGGAAAGAGAAAACAAACCUACCACCAUCAUCGACCAUGACUUUUGACCUGCUAGCGCGCGAGAAUCGUUCAGUUUAAUAUUAUUGUAAAAUUUAUUUUACUCUUUCUUUUUUGCCAUUCUGGCGUAAUGAUAGACUUAGCUCCCGAGAAGGGUUGAUAUAGAGACGGACUUUCUUAACUGCUUAACUGCUUAACUGGGAUUACGGUAUUUCCUUUAUUAAUCCAAGUUAUCCCUCUCAAAAUCGCCCCUCCCUCUUGUUCCCUCCUUAGAGUUAGCUUUCCUUGGGUAGUCUUCUCCUUUAUGUGAUAGAUGUUUCUCUUCCGUAAUCGCCUACUUUCCCUUCUUUUAGUCCUUUUGUCUUGUUUACAUACAUACAUUCAUAACCUUUAUUUUAACUCGAAUUUUAGAGUAGCUACACUAUAUAGCUAAUAUCUUCGAGAAACAAAUUAAGAUCUCUAAACUGAACAAAAAAUACACACACAAAAUAAGACAAAAAUUUAAUAGUGAAAACUAAUCAAACGUAUUGAGCCUUUGCACAGGUCGCUCAAAAUGAUUAAAAGUACUGUUCCUUAAUUCUUCGGGAAGAUGGUUCCAUUGCUAAAAUAAGAAAAAGAGUGUAGUCCAUAGGUUGUUGUUUUAGGCUUGUUUAGAGUCAACAUAUGGGUAGCGCGCAAAUUAUAGGUUGUAUGGCGAACAGUAAACAUAUUCCUUACGUAAGGUGGAUACUCCUUAAAAAAUAGACUCUUGUAAACUAGUAUUGAGAAAUUCUGAAUGCGCUUGUUAUAAAAAGAAGCUGCUGCUUUAUACAACUUCUUGCAAGUUAUAAUCGAGUGAAUCGCUUUUCCAAGUCCAUUGCCCCACGAUCUCACUCUCUUAAAUUAUUUCCCUCCUUAGAGUUUAGAGGAGUUAAUUCGAUCCCUGCAAGCUCCCUUAGGGCAAAACAGUGAACUUGACCCGUUAAUUGUCGGUACUUAGAAUCGUAAAUGUAUCCGGCUAUAUGAAAGUGUUUGUGUGUUUGUGUUUCUCUAGGAUGUUGUAUCUGUUCACACUGAAGACAACCGGUCAGAGAUGAUUUGCCUUGGACACGUAAAACAUCGCAUGAUCUGUGCCCCUGACUUUGAGCACCUCCUCGCCGCAUCAUGA